CCUGUUUGCCCCAAGUAAAAAAAUGUAUUAUGUCUCACAAGCAGCCUAGGAACACUUGUUUCUACUUCUACUCGUCUUGCAAAAAAUCAUCAUCAAGUCUUCUUUGUUUUUCAAACCCAAAUUAAGCCCUUGUCCAAAAUAUUGGUUAGUCUUUUUGUGUAGUCUGUCAAAAAAAAAUCAGUAUGAACCGCGUGCAAUUUUCAGUUCCGGAAGUUGAGAGAAGGAGGGGUGAAUCAUCAUCUUCUUCCAGCACAGCUGUGGCCAUCAACACGAUUAGCAACGAUCGUAGAAGAUUUUCUCCUCGUCGAUCAAACUUGCGGACUUCUAGAAUUCCACGAGGUUUAGGAGUCAUGCUCUUUAGAAGACGACGUAAAUAUUUCGUCACAAGAGUCUAUGUUCUAGGAAUAGCUUUUAUACUAUGGACACUUUUUCAAUGGAUGCCCUUAGUUCUAAAUUCUAUCGUUGCGGAAUUCUUCAGGGAGAGAUAUAAUAUUCAACUGGUAUCAGGACUCACAGCACUCUUGCUGGUAACACUAUUUGGACGUUACCUCCAAUUACGUUACAUUGAGCCGUUCAAUUGGAUUUUUUGUUUCUUAAUUGUUGAAUUGGAAACACUUGCAUUACUUAGUGCCCCAUUGGAAUCGGAUAUGACCCAUCUAAGCAUAAGUCUGGUCGCAACAAUUGUCCUCAAUGUAGCAUUUACAUUUAUUGGAAGAUUGAUGCCUAUAGAUUUGACUCAAGGCAUUGCGAUUAUCAUCGCUAUAAGUUUGAUAUUCUAUGUUACAGCAUUAGUAGUUCUCAUAAUCCUUAUUACCACUGAGAUGUACUUUCUCAAGUUCUUUCUGACAGUUGGAAUUCUUUUACUUUUGUUGGUGUUUAUUUUGUACGUUUCACAACUGAUUGCUGGUAAUGGAUCUUCGGUAUUGCGAUGGAAUGACUUUAUUCUUGCAGCUCUGAUGGUGUAUUUUAAUUUUAUAUUAAGUUUUCAUUCAAUCUUGCAUUUAACAUACGAAUUCCAUUAUUAA